CACUCCGACGACUCGUGAGGGACCUCUACUAUUUAGCUUUUACUUCUUACUCGUCGUUCAGUCAUGGAUACCUUUGUCAAUCUAGCUAAGCAGGGAUACAGCGCUUACGAGAAAAGCCAGGAGAACGUGUCGAAGACGGGAGGCAGCGAAUAUAACCGGCCGUCGCACUCGCAGCAUGAUCCAGGACGGCCAGAUUCUCCAGACUUGGAUGAAGACUAUGCAGUGAAACAUGCAACUCAGCAUGGGUCUGGCGACGAAUCACUGUUCUCCUCGGCCAUGAGUUUUGUUAAGUCUAACAGUGGAUCCAAGCAUGAACCCGUUGAUGAGGAAGGCGUAACAUCUGCUCAUCAAAAAGUAUAUGAACAUGGUUCUGGCUCGAGCAUGAGCGCAGACUCUCUAGGAAGUGCUGCUGCUCUGCAGGCAUUCAAGAAGUUUACGAGCUCUGGUGGCUCAGAAAAUAAGGAAAAGGAUUCGAAGUCAACGCUGAUUUCUAUGGCGAUGGCUGAAGCAUCCCAACUCUUCGAUAAGUCUGGCGGUACUGCUUCAGGCGGAAAACAGGACGCGGUGAACAGUGCCGGGAUGACAGUGAUGAAGCUCCUCGUGCAAAGCAAGUUUUCUAGUAUGACUGGUGGGGGCAACAGCGGUGGACUUGGCGGCCUGCUGAGCAUGGCAUCAAAGUUCGCGUAAGAUAAGCCGAACUAAACGAACUGACGGAAGUUUCUUGGACCCUCGAUUUUGUAUAAUAUGGAAUAUCUUGAAAUUGUAUGAACGCAAAUGCAAAAUGCCAGAGAUUGGCAAAGUGCUGCGGGAACGAAGGAUCUGAAUAUCAUUUAAGAGGCGCUUGUGGUUAAGCUCAUGUAUGGAUUGACAUUGAUAGGAAU